GGUAGGUGGUUGAGUCACCAUCCCUGGAGGUGUUUAAAAGACGGGUAGAUGAGGUGCUUAGGUUUAGUGUCUAGGUACGGCUGGACUCGAGGAUCUCGAAGGUCUUUUCCCACCUAGCUGAUACAGCGUGCUAGAGCCCGGCGGCGGAAGGCGAGGACUACAACUCCCAGAAACCCUCGCGACCAGGGUAGCUCUCGCUCGUCUGCGCAAUUCGGGCCCCUCCCGCCUGGCCUCAAGAGUCAUCAAUGUGAUCAAGACAUAUAUUUGAAAGUUGGGGAACUAGUGGAAGACUAGCAACUUUUUGAAGAUACAACCCUUGUCAUACUUUCCUUUUGCAUAUCUGGAAAUUAAUAAAGAAAAGCCACACCAUCAAAAUGCAUCGGAGUCUAUUACAUGCUGCGUGUCAUCUGGCACAUGGGACAUGUCUGGUUUUUCCUCGCACUAGUAUCUUUAAAGGACAAUCUGUGUUGUCUAAUGUUGGAUGCAAAGUAAUUUUGGCACUGGACCCUUCUAAGCGGUGUCUUCAUGCAGGUGCAGCAUGUUUUUCUUCAAAGAAAAGUGCUUUUUCAUCAAAGCCAGCAGAUACUCUUCACAAAGUACCAGGAGAAAGUAAUCCUUUGACUUCAGCCACUGAUACACCCAAGCAGAGCCCUGUACAAUCAGAUUCUUCAGAUCCUGAUCCAUUACAAGACAAAUCAAUUGGUCUCGUUCAGAGAUUCAAGAAAACGUUUAAACAGUACGGAAAAGUCAUGAUUCCAGUGCAUCUUGUGACUUCCACUGUGUGGUUUGGAUCUUUCUACUAUGCAGCCAUGAAGGGAGUGAACGUUAUUCCAUUCCUAGAGUUGAUUGGUUUACCAGACAGCAUAGUAAACAUUCUGAAAAAUUCUCAGAGCGGAAAUGCACUAACUGCGUAUGCAUUGUAUAAAAUUGCAACACCUGCCAGAUACACUGUGACUUUGGGAGGAACAUCCAUCACUGUUAAAUAUCUACGUAAGACUGGCUACAUGUCCACACCACCACCAGUGAAGGAAUAUCUACAAGACAGGAUGGAGGAAACAAAGGAUAAAAUUACAGAGAAGAUGGAGGAAACAAAGGAUAAAAUUACAGAAAAGAUGGAGGAAACAAAGGAUAAAAUUACAGAGAAGAUACAGGAAACCAAAGAUAAAGUUGCAUUUAAAAAAAUAAAGGACUAGUGGGGAUGGUUAAUUUUUUGAUAUAUCAAAAGCACUUUAACUCUUUGUGAGGCAGGAGAUACGAAGUGCACUUCUGAACUUUUUUCUUUCUUUUUUUCCCUCUUGUCUGGAGACUACAGUUGCUUUGUGGAUUUAAGAAUUCAUUAUCUUCAUCAAGGUUAAAAUUCCCUGGAGAAGAGUAGUUGUGACAAAAUUUCUGUUUACAGAAGGAAAAUCGAGUCUCAAAUUAGAACUUCAUGUGUCCAGUGGUAUUAACACUUAAGUCUUCGCUCUCCCUCCACCCAAAAUGAAGAUUGUUUCUUCCAAAAGCCACUGCUUUAUUCUUCUUCCAAGUUAGUGCACAACCAUUAUUCCAUUAGACUGAAUUCCAUUUAAAUGAGAACGAAGAUUUUUUUCUGCUCAGAAAGGCAACGUAUUUUGUUCUUCGGAAUACGUGGACCCAGGCCACUACAGUUGUGAUCCUCUCCCAAUUUGGAGAAAGACCUUUGUCAUUGAUACUGCACAUGAAGGAAUCGAUGGAUUUGCUACUCAGUCUGAUUGAAUUGAAAUGGCUGCGUUGACUUCAAAUGAGCUGCAACAGUUUGCAGGUUGAGACUAUGAAUCUUUCUUGGACAUUGUAUCUUUCCAGAAAUCUCAACUGAAAGCUCAAGAAAGAUGAGUUGAUCACUGUCAAGUAUACUUCUUUCCUAAAGUUGAUUUACAGUAGAAAGAAAGUUAUUAAAUAAUAUUAAUCUAUAAUUGUAUAUUAAAAACUGGGGGUGGGGGUAUUAUGUUAAAGUUUAUAAAAUUGUUUAUUUCAUUUCCAGAACAAAAAAGUCUGAAAGAGAUGUUUACUUGCAAAAUUAGUAUCUAAGGGGCUUUUUAAAUACAUAUGAAGUCAGAGUUAAACGCAAAAAUUCCUCUUAUUCAGGAAACCCUCAGACAUCAGUGGAACAAUUUAACUAAAACAAGCAUAAUUUCUGAGACGGUGAUCACAGUCUACCGAACCUUUUUUCCCUAAGUUUUCUUGGGUUAAGCAAAUACUUAUUCAUAGCUGAAGGCUGAAAUGUUGUCUCAGGUGUCAGAAAGGACUAAUGCUGAAACCGUUUGAUUUGACUGGUCAGGCAAACCUCUCGUGGGUUUAUUCUAAUGUAGGCUAAAUUGAAGGGGUAUUUUCCUAUUUCUUUUGCAGCCUUCACUUUGUAGCAAUACUCUGCAUGUAUAUCUUGUUUAAGAAAGGGGAGGGAUUUUGCAGGGUUGUAAGGGGAAGCAACAGAGUUGGACCCUGAGCAUUGCAAUUGACUAGAUCAAAAGAAUAUAGUUGAUUAAGUACCAGCUCUGCCCCACUCUUAUGUUUUCAGUCAAGUCACUGAGGGCCUCUCCAUGUUUGAGUGAGUUGAACUUCAUUCACUUAAUUGUGCAGGAUUGAUUGCAUACUUCUAUGCCUCUGUCCACGUCAGAUAGUAACUGCAAUCUAAUGCCUACCUCACAGGGAUGUUGUGAGGAAUAAUCAUUGUAUAUUUGGUGCCCUGAAGAUGUAAAGUGCCAUGUUUCUGAUAAAUAUUAUUUAAAAAAAUUUAAAAAAUAAUUCUGUGAUCUGUUGUGCUGCUGACAUGAGUGCUACUGUAUGAUUGGAGUUUAUUAAUAGAGUCUUUUUUUUCUUUCUUUCUAUUUUAGUGUACUUGUCCCUGUUGUCCCCAUGCAUGAAUUUUCUGAUGUUGGCAUUUGUUCCAGUUUCCCAUUUUUGCAGGUAGUUUUCCAUUUUGCAGUAGUGUUGUCUCUGUCCUGCAGCACCCUGCAGAGCCUCAGGCCUGUCCCUGUCGUGUCCAGACACACACCCAGAAGGGGC